UGCUUGGCUAGCUAACUUGGAUCAUCUCCUAGAGUUUAGGAGAAAGAACCACCACUGAGUUUGAAUUUCUAGACCUUUUAGGCUUUGCAGGCAGAAAAGAGACAUACAACUUUCAGAGCGUGAAAUGGAUAUGGAAGACAUGGGUUCAGGUAAAUUAGGCCAAAUCUUGAAGCAGAUUUGGAGGCAAAACUGGAUGCUAAAGCAGGCACUCCUGGGUGAUGGCCUCUGUGAGAGGGCUGGUGGGGCCACUUGGAUUGCCACAGUGGUCUUUCUGGGUCAGGAGCUCAGUGGGGCCCUUCAGCAGCUGUUGGAGCACACUGCAGGAACUAUGCACUCCACCUGUGAGCAGCUGUCUUUGAUGCUCGACAAGAAGGAUCAGUGUGGCUGGAGACAAGAAAUUGUUACUUUCAUAGACUGCCUGAUGAGAAUAAAGGAACAUUUGGGGAGCACUGCUUUAUUUCUAAAGAAAGAAGAGAAGGAGAUGUGUAAUUUAUGCAGCAUGCAUGAUGAAUGUACUCCACAGCAAACAAUGUCCACCAUUCAAGAUACCAAAGCAACAGACAUUGCUGCAAGAGGGGAACUAAAUGCCAUAGAAACAGCCACUGUUUCCCCUACAAAUGGAGAGGAAAGCCAUUACACAAACCAGGUCCAGUUUAGCACAAAUAAAGCACAUAUAAAUUCAGAAUUACUGGAAGAAGAAAACAAUACAUCACUGAAUGGAAAUGUAACAGAGAAAGAAGAGUCUGAGAACAAAAUGUUAUCAGAUAAUGCAGAAAAUGAAGAUGAUAAACAAAUAGAACACAUGACUAUUGAGAACCUAAAUGGAAGCAGGGAAAACAUUCAUGAUGUAAUGCAGGCAACAGAAAGAGAAAUUCACGAGACUUCAGAGAGCCCAAGAGAAGAGAUUACCACAUCCUCAACAACAUGUGAUAUCUCCAGUGAUGAUGUGAAUAGACUUCCAAAUGAUUCAGAAAGUCUAAAGCAAAACAAUAACACAAUGGAAAAGGAGUAUCUUGAGGUGCUAAAUGAUGAGACUGACGCCCAAGUGUCUUGUUAUAUUACGGCACCAUCAAAUGUUCUACCACAACUAGUAUGCCGAAUAAUUAAUAGCAUGAGUUCUUUAAUAGUGAGUGAUAAUGAAGAGUUGGUUAGCAACAUCAUUUCUGUUGAGUGCUCAGACAAGGAAAUGAAAAUUCCAUUUCCAAUAUGCAUCGCAAUUCCAUUUGCUGCGCGUUACAGGGGAAAUUACAGAGACAUAAUGGUGAAAGUGUCUGAUAUGAACCUUCAAUCAAGUUACCUAACCCCAAAUUCACUGGAAGGAAUAAGAGGUCGUUACAAGGGCACCUGUGCUACAGUGAAAGUUUACAAAUUAGGAAUCUUUUCUGUGGUGUCUUGUUUAAAGAAAGAAUCCUUCACAAUCACAAAGAAAGGCUUCACUCUGAAGUCAAGCCUGGAUCCCCGAAUAUCCUUAAAUUAUCCUCCCAGUGUUUUCAGCUCAACGGUACUUGUACAAUUGAAGGUCCAACCAGUUGACCCAUCUCUGGUGACAUGUUUAAGAACACAGCAUGAUACUACCUACUCAGUACUAGCCACUAGUCCUCUGAUUCAUGUUCAGCACCCAGCCACUCAUCGUUUUCAGAAGCCAGUCACUGUAUUCUUACCCUGUUCUCCACAUCCUGAUAAAAAGAACCUUUCAUCUGAGAUAGAUCAUAAAAGAAUACCUAGUGCCACAACAAACAGGAUCAUACCUUUAUAUUUCAACCGGACAAGAAGUGCUUCCACAAGAAAGCUUGGGAUAAAUGCCUUUGAAUCUUGGAAACUGCUAGGAUUCAGAAGCCGAGACAGUGGUUGGUUUGCACUUGAUGAUGUUGUGGUGAGACCCAUGCAGAGUGGUUUGAUAUCGUUUGAACUGUAUGAACACUUAGAAAGGUUUAUUGUGCUCUACUACUCUUCCAUCGUGGACAAUGGCCACUUGGUCUCAUUUGUGAAAUCUUUAGAGGAAGCCAUGCUCAGCUGCACAGCCUGUGUAGUACUGUCUCACCAGAGGGACAAUCCACAUAAAGUAGUUAUUUUAGUGGUGCCUUCUAAAGAUUUAAACCAAGCACUUAAAAACUUGCGCUUCGAUGGUUUCCGGAGUCCUCCAGAGCCAUCUCGUCAAUUCCAAGUAAGAGAAGGAGAACAACUUCUUUUCAGGUUUACUGGAAACAUUUUCGCUUCAAACAAUGGGAAGGAUUAUGGAAAAGACUACAAGCUUACUUUUCACUUUCAAAGAAAACUCAUGCUGGAACUCCAAAUCAAAGAGGUGGAUGAAUUUGGAAACUAUAGCUGUCCUCAUUAUAAGGGUACCAUUGUAGUAUUUAAAGUACCAAAAGAAAACAUAGCACCUGACUUGGAUCCAUCUCUUACUCUUAAUGAAAACCAUUGCCAGUUGCCAAUUUGCAAAUUACCAUUGAGAUUGCCAAAGCAUGAAAAAUUCAUCAACCGUCCACGGAGCACUAGAAGAAUUUCUACAGAUCCUCUAGAAGCCCUUUGGGAUAACUUGCUCCACUGGCUGGCAGAGGAGCUCUUGGAAGAAAAUGCUGAGUCUCUUUCCUCCUCCCUCCCUCUGCGCCACACCACUGUUCAGCUCAUCAAACUCAAACAUCCUGAUGAUCUCACAGAACAAAUCCAUGAACUUCUUUGCUUCUGGAAAAAAUCGCUCCCAACGUCUACCGACAAACUUCGCCUGCUGGCUCGUCAUCUUCGCAAGAUCGGCAGGAAUGAUCUUGCAGAAGAGCUCAAAUUCAAGUGGGAAAAUAAAAUAUUCACUGAACCACAGCAGUGGUUGGAUAUGGUGGCCGAGUAAAAGCUGGUCUUUUUAUUCCUUUCACCCUAGAAAAGGAUUCAUAUUGGGGGUGAGGGGCGAGGGGUUAAGAUU